AGUUCGGAUCUUAAUCAGAAUCUGAAUCUUUCUUUACAGAAAAAAAAAAAAUUUUUUUGUUCUACAAGUGAUUUAAAUUGUUUAAAAUUUUUAAAAGUUCAAAAAAAUAAAAAUUAAGGAAUUUUUUUUUCCUCAAGUGAAAAUUAAAUAACAAAAAAAUGAUAGAAAAGUGUAUGAAUUCCUCAUCGCGCCAAGACACGAGCACAUCGCCGUCUGACAGCGUGACACUCUGUUCGUCGGAUUCGCCGAUUUUUCUUGGACCACCGCUUGGCAUGUACGACCAGGCACACAGCUCUGAGGAGGAAUUAGAAGUAAUUAAUGGACCAUCACCUAGCAAAGUAUUGUCAGAUUUGUAUCCGAAUGGAAGUAGUGGCGAUGUGACAAAUAAUAGUUGUAGUGUGCCGCCAGUGGCGGAAAUUUCGCCGAAGCGGUGUUGCAGUUCAACGUUGCUGGAAAAAAGAAAACGAUCUCUCGCACAUAAUUCAGAUGAUGAGGUGCGACACUUACUCGAAAAACAACAAAAUCUUAAUAAUCAUCAGCAUCAUCACCUGUUGGCGCCCGUGAAUUUUCGUACAUCGCCGCCGCUGGAGGCCCUGAAACCGUAUCGCGGGCACAUUUUACGUCCUACCACGCCGCUCGUACUCGCGGAACGUGGCAUCGAGAACAUAAGAAUUUCCACGCCCAUCAACAUCCAAAAUUCGCAGCAACCAACAACAACAUCCUCUAAUAUUUCAAGUAGCAAACAAUGUGAUAGUCCAACAUUACAAGCGUCUAGUGAUUCUGUUAUAGUACAACAACAACAACAACAACAAUUAAUUAAAAAAGAUCGUCAUGAAUGCAGUAGUAGGUCAAUUAGUCCGCCUGCAAAAAUGUUUCAUUGUGCGGUUUCACCAACGAGGUCGUUGAAUGGCAUCUCAUCAUCUAACUCAUCGUCAACGACGCGCGCCUCCCGACAUCAUCACACAAGAAAUCAAAAUCAAAGGCUACAACGACCCUACAGACCUUGCUUGGACUUUGAUAAAAUGCAACAGCUAAAAGCCCGUUCUAUCGCAUCUUGGCGUCACAGCAACGAGCAUUCAGGCAGUGAAUUCUCAGUUUUUUGUUGGUGAUGAAUACUGCUGACUUACAAACAUAAAAUUUCUCUACAGUUACAAUUUUUUAACAAUACACAAACACACACAGACACAAAACUUUUAUCAUUUAAGGGACAACAACAACAACAAAAGAAAACAUUUUUCUAUUGCUUACAAACAACAAACAUUUAGAUACUGAAUAAAACUUAAGGAAAUUAAAAUAAACUAUAUUAUUUCAUAAAAAAAACAACAACAACAAUAGA